GAGCUCCCGCGCGGCGGCCUGUCUUGGUAUCCGGUGCCCUUGGCUUCGGUCAGAGUUAUUCCCCGUCUUCACCAUGCUGUCCUCUCGGGCUCUCCGGUUUUUCCGUUCUGCUGUACCCCGCCAUGUACGAAGCUAUGCUGAAGCCGCACCUAGUGGGACGUCGGCCAUGAGCUUCACAUUCGCCUCCCCUAGCCAGGUCUUUUACAAUGGAGCCAACGUGAAACAAGUGGAUGUUCCUACAACUACGGGAAUGUUUGGUAUCCUAGCAAGUCAUGUCCCAACAUUGCAAGUUCUCAGACCUGGACUUGUCACAGUGUUUAGUGACGAUGGAUCUGCAACCAAGUACUUUGUGAGCAGCGGGUCUGUGACAGUGAAUGCCGAUUCCACUGUACAGUUGCUGGCUGAGGAAGCAGUAAAACUGGACAUGUUGGAUCCAAAUACUGCAAGGUCAAACCUGGAAAAGGCACAGGCAGUGUUGCAGAGUGCGGGAGAUGAAGUCGCAAAAGCAGAAGCUCUGGUUAAUGUUGAGGCAUGUGAAGCCAUUGUUAAAGCUCUGGAAUAAAAUCUGGAAUUGUAUAUCUUCUACAGCACUGCUUCCAUAUGCCGUCCCCCCAAACAAUAAAAAAAAAUUGUUGA